AUGCCGAGGAGGAAGAAGAAAAGAGUAUGGCGGCUCAUGAAGCUCAGUACCAGAGAAUCCACCCAUCCCCGGCGGCCGACGUGGAGUCACAACAACCACCGCCAGCUCGCCCCAACCAGAAACCCAUCUCCACCGCCACGUGGCGGCCACCCACCCACCCUCCCCCAAUUCGCCCCCCUCCCCCGCCGCCACUAGCCGCCGGAGCCAACCUGCUAAAGAAACCCAAACGUAGCUGCUGCAGCCCAUGCAAGUGCGUGUGCUGGACGCUCGCCAUCCUCCUCCUCCUCACCAUCGUCCUCGCCGCCACCGUCGGCGCCAUCUACCUCAUAUUCAAGCCCAAAGUCCCCAACUACUCCGUCGACAGCCUCCGCAUCACCGACCUCACGCUCAACAUGGACCUCUCCCUCACCGCCAAAUUCGACGUCCGGGUCACCGCCGACAACCCCAACGACAAAAUCGGGAUCUACUACGAGAAAGGCGGGUUAAUUAGCGUGUGGUAUCAGGGGACCAGCCUCUGCGUGGGGCCCAUCCCGAGGUUUUAUCAGGGACACCGCAACGUCACCAGGCUCCACGUGGCGCUGGCGGGGAGGAACCAGUACGGGAGCGCGGUGAUGUCGGCGAUCCAGCAGCAGCAGGCCACGGGGAGGAUUCCGUUGGAGCUGAGGAUACACGCGCCGGUGGCGGUGAAGCUGGGCGCGUUGAAGAUGAGGAAGGUGAAGGUGUUGGGGAAGUGUUUGCUGGUUGUGGAUAGCUUGAGUUCCAGUAGUAAGAUACGGAUCCAAGCCAGUGAUUGCAAAUUCAAGUUGAAGCUUUGAAUGAAUGAAUUACAGGAGGGGAUUUUUUUUAUAUUUUAUUUUGGAUUUUUAAAUUUAGUUGGGUUGCUUCAUUUUAUGCAUUGAUUUCCUUGUUCCAAAAUUUUAAGCUUAUUUUCUGAUUCUUUUGUAUUAUUAUUUUUUUAGUUCUAGGAGAUACAUUUUUGUAAAUUAAUUUUUAAACUGCAUCUGUUAUGUUUAAUAUAAUUAUGUUGGCAUG